AUGACGCCCGAGCGCACGCUCUCCGCGACGUCCAAAGCGCUGCGCGCGUGCGCGUCCGGGGUGGACCGCGCGACGCCGCUCGCGUCCGCGCUCGCGCGCCCGGCGUUUCGAGCCGCGAGCGCGUGGGUCGCGUUUUGGCUCGCGGCGUUCGCGUCGCUCGUCCGUCGCGUCGGCGGCGCCGCGACGCUCGACGCCGCGGUCGCCGCGACGAGGAGAGCGACGAUGCUCGCGCGCGCGGCGGCGCCGGCGGCGCCGCGGCGGCGGCGCGCGAAGGGGAAGGAGGAGGAGGACGACGAGGAGGAGGACGACGAGGACGAGGACGACGAGUACCGACGAGAAAUGCGAAGCGUCCUCGCCGAGCGAGACGAUUGGAUCCUCCGAUUAACGUCCACGAUCGCGGCGUUACGAAGAGACCUCAAACGCGAGCGCGCGAGGAGAAAUCGAGCCGCGCUAUGA